GGAAAACACGACCUUGAGAAUCCUGAUGAAGAAUGUCAACAGUUGGUUGGGUUCUCUAAAAUAGUCACCCACAAGGAUUACAACCGCAUGACAAAGAUGCAUGACAUUGCCCUGGUGAAGCUGAAGAUCCCGCUGGUGUUCAACCAGUGUGUGAGACCCAUAGAGAUAUGGAUGAGGCCAAUCGAACCCAAAAAGCAAUGCACAGUGACCGGCUGGGGCACCACCAGAGAGAGUCAGUAGAUUUCCUACCUUUUUGAAGUUUAAUUGCCUUCAUCUCUUUAUUAGAAAGGUCAGGUGUGCCUUUCUGGGGUCAUAACUGACAUUACAUCCUAAUUGAUCAUUCAGUGAGGAGGGUCCUGUUACUUGUUUCUCCCUCUUCCUACUCUUCUACUCUCAGAUGGGCCUCGUGCCAACAGACUCCAGGAGGUUAAUGUGACCUGCUUAUCCUCAGAGGACUGUAACAAGUUCUACCUUGGUGUCGUUCAGCCCACCAUGUUCUGUGCUGGAGACCCUGAAGGAGGUGUAGACGCCUGUCAGGGUGACUCGGGUGGACCUCUGUCCUGCUACACAGGGUCCAGGUAUGAGUUGGCUGGAGUGGUCAGCUGGGGAGUGGGCUGUGGUAGAGCGCGGAGGCCUGGCGUCUAUACUAAAGUACAGGUCUACAUAGACUGGAUCAAUGAAUUAAUUCAAGGUGAAAUGUCUAUGUCUGGUGGCAUUACUGUGACUGAAGAGAGUUGUGGUCAGAGUAAGAUAUUGACCUGCCGGCUGGACUCCCGCCCGGCAUGGUUGUAUGCGACCUUGGAGGGUGAGGUGCGGGUGGGGAGUGUGACAGAGGCGUGCGCCAACUCCUGGCCCUGGCAGGUCAGUCUGCAGUCCAAAGGGAGACAUUACUGCAGCGGGACCCUGAUCCACCACCACUGGGUCCUGGCACCGCAACACUGCCGCAGCAAACCUACAGUUGACACGGUGGUGCUGGGAGGUCACGACCUGAGGUUCAUGGCUGCCCAGACCAUCCCGGUGGACGAGGUGUUCAGCCACCCCCACGACGGAACCUUCCCUCCGACCUCUGACCUCACACUCAUCAAGCUCAGUGUUCCAGCUCGAUUUGAUGACACUGUGUUUCCAGUUUGCCUCCCACGUGAGGAUGUGAAGCUGGAUGACAGCUGGUCCUGUGUGACAACAGGCUGGGGAUCCAGCAACUCGGCACCGAAGGUUAGCAGUGCCAUCCUGCACCAGGCCAGGCUGGGUCUGGUCAACAGGACCGCUUGUAGAGAGAGCUGGGGAGAGGAUCUCAUUACGGACACUCAGCUGUGUACAGACCCAGCCGGCUCUGUCUCCUGCAUGGGGGACUCUGGUGCUCCACUCCUCUGCCAGAAAAUAAAUGGGGUCUUCUUCCUCUUUGGGGUGGUCACAUGGGGCAGCCCGAGCUGUGACAUCAGCACACCAGCAGUCUUCUCCCGACUAUCAGCUUAUCAUUCCUGGAUCACAAACAUAACCAAUGACAUCUGACUUUGUUUCACAUAA